ACACAGACAUUGCCUCCCUGGCUCGUAAGGUGGUUGAGGAAUGUAAGCUCAUUCACCCCUCCAGGCUAGCCGAGGUAGAACAACUGCUGUACUAUCUGCAGAACCGCAGAGAUGCCUCAUCAGGGAAAGCCCUAUGUAACUCAUAUGUCUAGCAAACAAGAAGAAAAGUUUUCUUUGAUAAAUAUCCAAUGCUUCAUCUUUUCAACUAACUGUUGAGAGAAUGCCCAGUCCUUUUCUCUGGGUCUUCUGACAUAGUGCUCCAACGAGAACAACCACUCAAAAUUACAGAUAUUUCUGAAGUAGAAAUAAAAGAACAACUCCUUGAAACAAGAAAACUGACCAUUCAGGAUCUUUUAUUUUAAAGAAAGCCAAAACAAAAAGAAAGAGAAAUCCAAUAAACCAAAAGAUCCACCCCCCUUUGAAGGAAUGGAGAUCGAUGAAGUAGCUAAUAUUAAUGACAUGGAUGAAUACAUCGAGUUGUUGUACGAGGAUAUUCCUGACAAGGUGCGCGGCUCUGCCCUUAUCCUACAGCUGGCCCGGAACCCUGAUAACCUGGAAGAAUUGCUCCUCAAUGAAACUGCACUGGGUGCAUUGGCAAGAGUGCUGAGAGAAGACUGGAAACAAAGUGUGGAACUUGCUACUAACAUAAUUUAUAUUUUCUUCUGCUUUUCAAGUUUUUCUCAGUUUCAUGGGCUAAUCACGCACUACAAAAUUGGAGCUCUGUGUAUGAACAUAAUAGAUCAUGAGCUGAAGAGACAUGAGCUCUGGCAGGAGGAACUCGCCAAAAAGAAGAAAGCUGUUGAUGAAGAUCCUGAGAAUCAAACACUGAAAAAGGAGUAUGACAAAACCUAUAAAAAAUACCAGGGGCUGGUUGUCAAACAGGAACAGUUACUGCGAGUUGCUCUCUAUCUGCUGCCGAACCUUGCUGAGGACACACGCACUGAGCUGAAGAUGAGGAACAAGAAUAUUGUCCAUAUGCUGGUGAAAGCACUGGAUCGAGACAAUUUUGAGCUGCUUAUUCUGGUUGUGUCUUUCUUGAAGAAACUCAGCAUUUUUAUGGAGAACAAAAAUGACAUGGUUGAAAUGGACAUUGUAGAAAAACUGGUAAAAAUGGUGCCGUGUGAACAUGAAGACCUGCUGAAUAUCACCCUCCGGCUUUUGCUAAACCUGUCAUUCGACACUGGCUUAAGGAAUAAGAUGGUACAAGUGGGGCUACUUCCGAAACUCACUGCACUCCUGGCAAAUGAGAGCUACAAGCAAGUAGCAAUGUGUAUUCUGUAUCACAUAAGUAUGGAUGAUCGCUUUAAAUCAAUGUUUGCAUACACAGACUGUAUACCACAGUUAAUGAAGAUGCUCUUUGAGUGCCCUGAUGAACGUGUUGACCUGGAGCUCAUUUCCUUCUGCAUUAACCUUGCUGCUAAUAAGAGAAAUGUGCAGCUAAUCUGUGAAGGAAAUGGAUUGAAGAUGUUAAUGAAGAGGGCUCUGAAGUUCAAGGAUCCGCUGCUGAUGAAAAUGAUCAGGAACAUUUCACAACAUGAUGGGCCAACCAAAAAUCUGUUUAUUGAUUAUGUUGGUGAUUUAGCAGCUCAAAUUUCAAAUGACGAAGAAGAGGAAUUUGCGAUAGAAUGUCUGGGAACAUUGGCAAAUCUGACCUUACCUGACCUGGACUGGGAACUUGUGCUGAAAGAAUACAAACUAGUUCCAUACCUCAAAGAUAAACUAAAGCCAGGUUCUGCAGAGGAUGAUCUUGUUUUAGAAGUAGUAAUAAUGAUUGGAACUGUGUCCAUGGAUGACUCCUGUGCUGCUCUUCUAGCCAAAUCUGGAAUCAUUCCAGCACUCAUUGAACUUCUAAAUGCUCAACAGGAAGAUGAUGAGUUUGUCUGCCAAAUCAUUUAUGUCUUUUACCAGAUGGUCUUUCACCAGGCCACUAGAGAUGUCAUCAUCAAGGAGACUCAGGCUCCAGCAUAUCUUAUAGACCUGAUGCAUGAUAAGAAUGCUGAGAUCCGCAAAGUCUGUGACAACACUCUGGAUAUUAUAGCGGAAUAUGAUGAAGAAUGGGCUAAGAAGAUUCAGAGUGAGAAAUUCCGAUGGCACAACUCUCAGUGGCUGGAGAUGGUAGAGAGUCGGCAGAUGGAUGAGAGUGAGCAGUACUUGUAUGGGGAUGACCGUAUUGAGCCCUACAUCCAUGAAGGGGAUAUUUUAGAAAGACCUGACCUUUACUACAAUGCAGAUGGCCUGGUGCCCCCUGAUGGAGCAGUGAGUCCAGAUUUUUUCAGUGAUUAUCAUCUUCAGAAUGGAGAUCUAGUUGGGCAACAUCCCUUCUCCAGCGGAUGCAGAACCCCUGGACUGCUGCCAUUACUCCAGCUUUGUGCUUCUACACUGCCAUGGACAUCCAUGCACUUAGCAUUGGAGUGGAUGGAUUUGGUCAGCCAACUGGUAUUCCUAGCCGCCCUGUGACUGCCUAUGGAUAUCGCCCAGAUGAACCUUACUACUAUGGCUAUGGAGCUCGAUAAAGCAACUUGCUGCAUACUCCGGAGUGUUCUCCCUCCUGCUCCACUAGGAACCAGCGUUCAUAGCUAGCUGGCUUUAGAUCAUUCCUUGGAAAUGCAUGAUUAUACUGUGACAAGUCUGUGUGAUUAUGUAUCCUUUAGUAUGCGAACCUCCAGAUAAGCCUGGGCCUUGCUGGCUCUAACAUUUUAGUGACUGUGUUCACUCCUCAGUUCUCAAUUUAUAAUUUUUGUACAGUAUUUGUCAUGUGACUUGAAAGCAAGUAUUGAAAAGCUACUAGACUGGAAAGUAAACAUUACACUGUGUAUAUUAAACAACUAAUUUAAUUUCUAUUAAAUACAAAAACUACA